GCCCGCCCGCGCUCGGCCCGCCAGCGCCUCCAUCCGGCCGGCGGUCCCGCGUCGUCGCCGCCCGCUGCCACGCUGCUGACUCCCGCCUUGGGCGCCGUCGGCGGGGCCGCGCUCCGCCGGGCCUGCGGAUCCCCGCCGCCUCCUCUUCCAUCUACCUCAACGCCCUCCCCGCUUCGCCCGAGGAGGCGGUCCCCCCCGCAGGCAGUCCGGCUCGCAGGCCGCCGGCGUUGUCAUCCCCCGCGCUGCCCCCAGCCCUCCCCGGCGCGCGGCCCGCCGCUUCCCUCCUCGCCGCGUCCCGAGCGGCUCGGCGCCGCCACCGCCAGCCCCCCCCCCCAGGGCCCGGGCUCGCGACGGCCGAGGGCUCCGUCGGCCCAAUCCGAGCUGGGCGCCCGUGGCCCGGGCGAUCCUCCGCUCCGCCCCCCUCAGCACCGUCCCCGGCCCUCGACGUUGCGCCCUGCCCUCGCUUCUCUGUGCUCCCCCGUCCCCUCUCUAGCCUCUGGCCCCGGCGCCCGCGCUCCGCUCUCCCGCAGCCUGCCCUUCGCUCCCUCCCGCCCCCCCCAGCUCCUCGCCUCCGACUCCCUCCCCCUCCACGCCCGCCCUCUCGCCUCGCCGUCCCGAAGUGGAUUAAUUAUACGCUUUCUGUUUCUCUCUGCGCUGUUCUCCCCCGCUGCGAGCCUGCCCGCCUCUCGCUGUCCUCUCUCCCUCUCUCCCUCUCUUUGGCCCCCCCCUUCACGUUCUCUCUGUGUCUCUCACUAUCUCUGCCCCCUCUAUCCUUGAUACAACAGCUGACCUCAUUUCCCGAUACCCUUUCCCCCCCUAAAAGUACAACAUCUGGCCCGCCCCAGCCCGCAGACAGCCCGCCCUCCCCAAACAAUCAGACGAGUCCCCCCCCAAAAAUAAGCCAUCCCCCCGUUCUGCCCCGUCGCACAUUCGGCCCCCGCGACUCGGCCAGAGCGGCGCUGGCAGAGGAGUGUCCGGCAGGAGGGCCAACGCCCGCUGUUCGGUUUGCGAUACGCAGCAGGGAGGUGGGCGGCAGCUGCGCCGGCUUCCAGAUGCCGAUGGGGGUCCCGAUGGGGAAGCCGAUGCUGGUGCUGCUGACCUUCUUGGCCUUGGCCUCGUGCUGCUUUGCUGCUUACCGCCCCAGUGAGACCCUGUGCGGCGGGGAGCUGGUGGACACCCUCCAGUUUGUCUGUGGGGACCGCGGCUUCUACUUCAGACUUCCAGGCAGGCCGGCAAGCCGCGCGAGUCGCCGCAGCAGCCGUGGCAUUGUGGAGGAGUGCUGUUUCCGCAGCUGUGAUCUGGCCCUUCUGGAGACCUACUGUGCCACCCCCGCCAAGUCCGAGAGGGACGUGUCGACCCCUCCGACCGUGCUUCCGGACAACUUCCCCAGAUACCCCGUGGGCAAGUUCUUCCAAUAUGACACCUGGAAGCAGUCCGCCCAACGACUGCGCAGGGGCCUGCCUGCCCUCCUGCGCGCCCGCCGGGGUCGCAUGCUCGCCAAGGAGCUCGAGGCGUUCAGAGAGGCCAAGCGUCACCGUCCCCUGAUCGCCCUGCCCACCCACGACCCCGCGGCCCACGGGGGCGCCUCUCCGGAGGCGUCCGGCAAUCAGAAGUGAGCCAAAAUGUCGCGUAAUUCUGCAAGACGGCACCGUCCACCUAGUGCCCUCCUCUUGACCAGGGGCCGUUCCACCGGGCCCCGCCUCUGACAUCUCUCGGGGUCACAUGCCCUCUGCGGGCUCCCCCAUCCCCAGCCCCCGCGCCCCAACCUCCCCAUGUCAGGCUCUUCUCUCCUUGGCCCCCUCCAUCGGGCUGAGGAGAUCCUAGCAACAUCUCUAAAAAUGUACAAACUCGAUUGGCUUUAAAUAUCCCCCCAAAAUUACCCCCCAAAUUAUCCCCAAAUUGCACAAUCGAAAAACUAAAACUACGAACCCCUAAAUCUCACACACACACCAGUCCCCUUAAAAUGAAUUGGCUUUUUAGAAACACCAGGAACGUUAAUUAGCUAAAAACAAAAACAAAAAAACCUAAAAUUAUCAAUUGGCUAAAAAAACCCACCCAAACUGAAUUGGCUUAAAAACAAUUGGCAUCAUGAAAGAAUUAGGCCCCCCCCUUUCCUUCUCUUCCCCAGGGACCUCGAGUCAGAUUGGCCGUGAGCUCGGGCGCCUGGCCUCCAGGAGAAAGGAAGGGACCCCAAAUCUACAGGUAGGCACGUCAUGGUCCACUGCCGGCUCUGGCCUCCUCAGGCAAAACUCUGGUCGCAUUUGGGGAGAAUUGGUCAUCCUCAGAACAGCAAAGCCCCAGACUCGUUCCUCGCUCUGUUUCCCAUCCUUGAAAGUCACCAUGGAGCUAGAUGGGGGUUCCCAGUGAGACCGAAGGAGGGGAGAACAGAACAUGAACACCGAAAUCUGUGAAAAGAAACUUUAAUUGGCACAAACCCCCCUACACUCUAAAAUCCAUCCUCCCCAAACCCACAUAUCCCAAAAUCUUACAUCUCAGUUUCCACCCUUAAAAACACCCACACACCCACCUGCAUCCCUGCAGACACGCCCUUACAUGCAUGCACACACACACACCCUUGUGCACAUAUGCACACGCACGCUCACACACACAUGCACACACGCACACCCUUGUGCACAUAUGCACACGCACGCUCACACACAUGCACACACACACCCUCAACACACACAUGCGCACACACUCACACAUGCACACACACGCACGCACACAUGCACACGCACACCUUCACACACACACACCCUGCUGCACACACACACCCUCCCACGCACACCCUCCCACACACGCACACUGUCAUGCACAUGCACACCCUCACACCCAUGCACGCACGCACGCACGCACACAGAUGGGUGAACCCAGCAUGGUGCGGCUCAGACAACAUUCUAUCUCAGACCCUUCUCUAAGAGGUUUUCAUGCCCCGUGCUCCCCUCCUGACCCCUGGGAUGCGCUCCUCGGGUGGGAGAGGGCGCUCCCCACGGCCCCCGUGGCGUGAGCCCGAUGCCCCCAGGCCCCACCAGCAUCUGGGCCCUGCACCAUCAUGUGGAGCGAGGACCGGGUUUGGCCAGACUGGAGGUGGCUGUAGCCGAGCAGAGACCCAGACGUGCCCUACCGCGGAGCCUGACCCCCUAGGUGUGCUCUUUGAGAAACAUCUGGGACCCCCAGCACACCUAGGGACCAUCCUUGCUGGCCUCCUAGGGGCCUCUCAGCAAUGGGGGGCCCCCCAGGGGGCCAGCAACGAUGGUGGGGAGUGUGGGAAGUCUGGCGGUUGGAGGGGCGGGUGGGGGGCAGUGGGGGCUGGGUGGGGGGAUGCUCUGGAGUAGGAAGUGGUCCCGCGAGCUUUGGAGAAGAGUCAGGAGUCACAAGAGCAGAAUUACAGAUCCAAUUAGGAGCCCAAAUUUACGCCAAUUGAUCUAUUCCCCCCUUUAAUUGGUUUCUCCUGGGGCUUUUUUCCUUUUUUUUUUUGAUCCCUCCUUAGCUUUUUACGCGCGCUCACAUCAAAUUAAACUUACCCCCGUCCCACGUAACAGGGGAGCAGUGACAAAGCAAUGUACGGAACCACCACCACCACCACCGCGGCCAUGCCGCACGUCCUGCUCUCCGCCAUUUAUCGCCCCGAUUCGGUUUUUGUUUUUAUCUGUCCCUGUCGCUUGGGUUGAGUCGAGAGUGGGGCCUCCGUGGGGUACUGGCCACUGCACCCCACGGAGAAGCCAGAGGGAAAGGAGUGGGCCGCUGCCCGGCCUGGCCUUCGGGGACAGUGGCUGGUCCCCGGAGGUCCUGAGGGGCGGAGGAGGGGGUGGGGAGGCAUCUCCUCGGUGUCCGGAAGGUGCUCGGAGGCCAUCAGGAAAGGGCCCCCGGCUGGCCCAGGCCGGCUGGGGGGGAAGGGGCUGCAGGUGUGUGAGUAGAGGGGCUCCAUCGGGCUGGAGCAGGUGGCCGCCUUCCGUGCACUUGGGGAGCCCUCCCCUCACCCCUCGGUGACACCUUACCCGCCUUCUCAGCACCCUGUCUUGCCCCCAGGAGGCUCAGAGCUCCGCGGGGCGUCCUGGGGCCCAGGCAGGGUGAGGCCGGAGAGUAGGGGAGGUCAGGAGGGUGUAGGCCCCGCAGAGCAAGGAGAGCUGCAAGAGUGGUCCAUCGGCUGGGGUUGCUCCGGCCCCGAGGCCCAUGGGUCUGGCGGUACCGAACCAGCCACCAUCUCGGCGCCUAGGGCUGUGGCAGGGAUCCGGGCGGCUGGGAGGUUUACCUCACCCCCGCUUUUGCCCCCAGCGCAGCCCCCCUGCACGACAGCCCGACUAGCAUUCUAGAGGCCCAAGGCUUCUGGGCCCCAGCAACGGGGCUGGCACGACCCUGGGGGCGGUAUGUGUCAGCCCACCAGCAGCACAGAGGGUCCUUCGGCAGGCGUCCGGGGAAUGGGCCAUUUGGAACAUUGGACAGAGCUGAAAAGAGCCAAAUUGUUGUAAUUGGGACCCAGACAGAUUGGCCUGAGAUCCAAAAAGACUCGGAGGCACCCCAAAUUGCCUGCCCAUCCUGCCAGACACCCAUCCCACCCAGUGUUACAUUCUGCCUCUCACGGGGUGGGUGCUCCAGGGCCGUCUGCCGACGCUCCUCUGUGUCCCCCAGCAAACAGCUCCCCCAGGGUCCCCAGCCAUCCCGACCCGGGCCCCCGUCUGACCUCCCGAGCCCCGGCUGUGGCCGUCCAUCUUUUCUCCCCCCUCAACUGUCUUCAGCGGGACCCCCUCUUGGGUCCCCCCUGUCAUCGCCUGAAGACCCCCCACGUGCCGAGCACCCAACGUCACCUCACCCACUGUCGCAGUCCAUCUGGCAGUGGCCGUGCGGGCCUCAACUCGACCCCUUUAACAUGCUCAUAUUUCUGGCAAAAUUCAUUGCUUGGGUUUUGUCUUUAACAUUUAUCGCUCGCAAUCCCAAUAAAGCAUUCAAAUUUA